CAAGUAAGUUCGCAGCUGGCAGUGACAGACUUGACUGAAGUCAGAAGAGGCGUGUAUUAGUGGAAAGGUGCACGGAGACAAACACAAGCGAAAAAAACACAAACUGAGCAGUUCAUAAAUAGGUCCUCAGCUGCAAAUUUAGAUUUGAAACUAUAGAUUUAUGUGUUCUUUUUGCAGAAUUUUACAGAAACUGAUUCAAUCAGAGAUUAUUACAAAGUGUCAAUCAUAGGGAUUAGAGUACAGUUUAUUUAUAUAUCUUUGUUUUUUCCCCCCUUUUUACAUACAGUACAUAUUUUAAGAACCGUGGCUACUAAUAUGGACACAAUUCUGGACAAUUUUUCUUCAGAGAAGCUUUUCCACAGUUCCAGCCUCUUGGAUCUUGAGGAUUUGAAUGAAGCAGAUUUUUUCAACAAUGUGCAUUUCUCUGAGAACAUGGAGGAUUUCUCCAACGAGCUGUUCAACAGUUUCUUCGACGACCCCCUCCUGGCUGAGAAAAACCCCCUGUUAGAUAUGGAGCUGGACCCCCCCAAUCCAGACAUCCAGGCUGAGCACAGCUAUUCCCUGAGCGGGGACUCAGCUCCUCAGAGCCCUAUCAUGUCCAUCAAAAUGGACGAGGAAGACCAAGAUUCAGAUGCUAGCAUGUGGUGCUUUGGCCAUGAACUUUCUGCCAUACUGGUGAAACAGGAACCCAACCUACUGGCAGAGCCAACCCCAACUCCCAUGGUAACCAACGUCCCCCAGCCCAUAAACCUGGCCCCACUUCCCAAGCUUGCUCCCACAGAAGAAAUAGCUCCUAAGGAACAGAAUCCCCUUCCUCUGAUUAAAGCUGAACCCAGAGAAGUGAACCAGUUUCUGAACGUCCCAUCAGAUGAGCCGGUACAGCUUCCCCCUACUCCCCCCAGCAGCCAUGGCAGCGACAGCGACGGUUCCCAGAGUCCUCACUCCCUGCCUCCCUCCAGCCCAGUCCGACCACAGGCUCGUACCUCCACUGCCAUCUCCUCCUCGCCCCUCCUCACAGCGCCUCACAAGCUGCAGGGAACCUCAGGGCCUCUGAUGCUCACUGAAGAGGAGAAGCGCACCCUUGUCGCAGAGGGCUACCCCGUCCCAAACAAGCUGCCCCUCACCAAGACCGAGGAGAAGGCACUGAAACGGGUCAGGAGGAAGAUCAAAAACAAGAUUUCCGCACAAGAGAGCAGAAGAAAGAAGAAGGAAUAUGUAGAAUGCCUGGAGAAAAAGGUUGAGACGUAUACAUCAGAGAACAACGAACUGUGGAAGAAAGUAGAGACUCUGGAAACCGCCAACAGGACUCUGCUCCAGCAGCUGCAGAAGCUGCAGACCCUUGUAACAGGAAAAGUGCCCAGAUCCUGCAAAAUUGCUUCAACACAAACUGGAACCUGCCUCAUGGUGGUGGUUCUGUGUUUCGUUCUGGUCCUGGGCUCCUUCAUGCCAAGCAUCCCAGAAUUCUCCUCUGUGUCACAGACAGUGGAGUCCACUCCCCUGUCAUCGUCGGAUGCUUACACCAGCAGCCAGAUUCGCUCCCGAAGCCUGCUCUUCUAUGAUGAGGGGGCCUCUCUGGAGGACAGAUACAGCUCCUUCCUGGCAAUGGAGUACACCGAUGACUGGGAGGCUUCACCCGAAGACUUGGCAGAGGAAGGGGAGGCGGAGACUCGAGACCCGCCCCAAGGGCACACAAACAGGGCACACAAGGCCUCCAAGUACCUCAGCAAACUAGAUGUGCUGGACUUCAACAGGACGGACUCCGAGUUCAUUCACCAGAAAGAACAGUUUCACGAAAGGGACGUGAACUCUGACAGCCCUGCAGAAUUUGUGUAACCCGUCAGGUGGGAGCUGCUCUCUGCAGCCGGAUCAUCUCCUGACUGACGGGUCUCAGGAGCAGGGAGGCUGUCCGCUCCAGGUCUGGGUCGUCCCAAGCGCUAAUGCUUGCCAGAGCCCGUGGCAUCUUCGUACUAACACUGAGACAAUCGAGACAUCCAUUGUACACUAACAAGGGAUGAGAGGGAGGGGGAGGGGCGAGCUUGACCGGACCCACAAAAACUUUAUUUUAUUUUUAUUUUUAUUUCAGGGCUUUAACAAAUUGAUUUUUUUUUCUCUGUUUGUUUGAUCUGCUCCUGCUGAAUACGGGAGUGGUAUUUUUUUUAAUUAUCACUGCGCUGAAGAGGUGCUUGACAGAGCUGCUUUGUGUACAGAAACACCCCUGAGAUAAAACAAAGCUGAAGGAACACAGAAGAACAGUAAAGAUUUCAAACUCUUGGAGUUCAGUUGUUAAAACGUUAGUAAAACCUAGACCCCCGGAAUAAUUUUUGUGAGAGCUCAACUCUUCUCUACUCUUUAGCAAUCCUUUACCCUGUGGUAUGGAAGCCAGCAUUCAGGAAGCGUUUAAGACUCUACACAGAUCCUUAGUAAGGAGAGCAAAAUCAUUCAGUUACUCAAAGAGAUCCUCCCAUUUAAAAUAUCAGUAGCACUUACAGGAUAGUCCACACUCUGAUAUUCGAGUGAGCUUAUUUCAUCUCCCAGUUCAAUCAAUGUUCUUUUCAGAUGCCAGGCUUCUUUUUAAAUGUGAAAACCUUUCGCCUCAUUCCAUCUCUACCGCAUGUUCUUGUUUUUUUGGUAACACUUUUUAUUAAGUGUCUCUGAGUACUUUGUAUUUACAUAGUAGUUACUUAGUAAACACAGUACAUGUGUACUUACACAUAAUUACAGUGUUAUUAUUAUGCGUAGUUACAAUGUGCUUAAUAUGUAAAUCUUUUUGCACGCUACAACCCUAACCCAUACCAUUUUCUGAUACAAUUGUGUACUUAGAUAUAUAGUGUAAAAUGAUUUACACAUUAAGUUUACUAAGUGACUACUAAGUAAAUACACAGUAAUUAGAGACAGUUCAUGUAAAGUGUUACUGUUUUUUUGUGUUUGUUUGUCAGUUGUUUUAAAAAAAUUUUUUUGGGGGGGGGGGUGUACUAGAAGCACCACAAGUUAAAGGUGUUGGUCUUUCAACCAAUCAGCAAGGCACUACCUUUAUUGUAAAUAGCUUUUAUGAUGUAAUGUUUACACAGCCUUCUUGUCUUCACUGUUAAACGGUUUACUCACAUAAACAUUCUGUUUUUUUUGGAUAAAGAAAUAAAAAUGUGUAUAUAUGACCAGAAAAGUAGCACUCAGAGCAGUUUAUACUAUAAACCAAGUGGCAUCGUACAGUAUAUGAUCCUGUUUUAUGUCUUACACUGGAGAGUAUUAAAUUAUUGCUUUGUAAAUGGCAUCUCAAUUUUCUGCACUGGGUACAAUAAUUGCAGGGGCCAGUUCUAUUUCAGUUGUAUUCCAAAUGAAAUCUCUAGGAUUGUAAUUUAUGAAACGUUGUCUUUUCACAGAAAUCAUGAUUGUUCAUAAUCUUACCCUGUCAAAAAAGAACGUCCUUAAUUGCCAUCUUGCUAUUUAAUGCAGCGUUAUGAACCACAUGAAACUGCAACAACUAACAAACAAACUUCUUAAAAAAAAAAAAAAAAAAAAACUCUGGGUAUGAGAUGCCAAGCAGUUGGAAAAGAAAAGUUCAGAUUACAAAAAAAAAGGCAGAUGUCGCCAAGGGAAAGUGAGUCAGUCCAUUCAGCCAAUAGCCUUAUGAGAUGCCAGUUCCAAAGAUAUUGCUCUGAGUGCUAAAUUCAAUCUCAAACGAUGCAGUAUCCCUUUUGAGCCCAUCUUGUUCGUGUCGAAACUGGUGGGAGGUGAACCAAACAAAAUGAAGUAGGUGGUUGAAGAGAGAAUAUAGAACAAUUCUGUAGGAGUUUCGUGUCAAGCUUUCCAGCAGGAGACCUGUACGAUCCUCAUUCGAUCCUGCACAGACUGUACAAAUGCUGAGCGCUUUUGAAUUUUAAGUGUGCCUGUUACUCUCUCCAGGUUCUCUUCCAGUCCACUGCCUAGUGAAGUUCAUAACAUACCGAGCAGGGCCUUAAUCACAGCCACUGUGCCUAAUUAAUUAUAAGAGGCUGAGCAAAAUACAAUCACGACAGUGCCUUUGUGACUUUUCAUUUAUUUUUGUCUGUCAAUUGCAUUCCUUACAAUAAGUGAUUAGGGUUGCCCUUCUAAGAGUUGCAUGUGAGGGAGAGACCUCAGUGACAAACCAGUGUGGUAGCUCGCUGAGAUGCUGUGAGCACUACAGACACCAGUUUGUGACUUUAGAAAGCUCUUUUUAAAGCUGAUUUAAACUGCAUUUUAGCUGACUUUACUGUGUCUGGUAUCAGACAUCAAUCAUCCUUCAAGGGAUACUGCACCUUUGACACCCACCCUGUGUUUAAAUGACGAAUCAAAAUGUAUAUUGUAAAUAAGUAAUGUAUUUUUAUAUUUAAAAAAUGUAUUUUAGUAUUCCAAUAGCACCUUUUUUUUUUUUUUGGAUCCCUGCCGGUAUUUUAAUAUUUUAGCGCAAUUAAUAAUGUAUGUUUUCCAGCAAAAGUGAUAAAAAUGCUUGUUUUUUUUCCCUUUUGUAUUAGUGUACUGUCAUGUAGAGUUAGCGUCAAGCAAAAUAUAAAAGAAUGCAUUUGCAAUUCAUUGUGUGUGAUGUUUUCUCUUUGGAACGGUUUGCUAAAAGCGCUUGAAAAAUAUCAGCACAUUUACAGCAGACGCAAACAGCACCAAAACAGCAUCUUGUAGAGGGUUUUACAUUUUCUUGGUAUCACCCAAACCCCCCCAUGUAAUUCUACAGUUCUACGUACACUGAUCAGUGGAAGCUGCCUCCAUUCCAUCGAGUGAUGCAGGUUGUUUUUUUUAAUAUUCACUCCAUGUUUUACCUGUCCUGCCCUGUUCUGCAGUGCACCCUGUUGAUUACCCCCCUCAUCCUAGCAGAGUGAGUCGAGCUGGGCACAGCAAGGGCAAGUGCAACAGUUUCUGAGCCGUGACUACACGCUGAACCAUGAUUAAUAUCAGUUUAUUAUAAACAUCUUCUUUGGGAUGUAGAGCGUCAUUCCUUUCCCCCUGUAAGCCACCAUGUUAGCAGACGUGUGUCUUUAUUGAAAUCCCACAUUGCCACACAGCACGAGGUAGCAGUGUGUCUCUGUAGUGAUUACUGCUAUCACUAGGCGUGAAAGAAGGCCUGUGCUUUACCAGCGGCACCAGUAAUUACUGAAGCCCUCUCCAGUGCCCCUUCAGAUUGACAUAGCGUGACAUCUGUGGCAAGCGGAUCAAUUUCUUCUUCUUCUGCUUCUUUUUUUAUUCGUAUUGUGGAAAGUUAUAAUCUGUUAUACUCUUGUCAUUAUUUUCAUGUUUGACACACCAAGCGU